AUGGAGGUCGACACGACAGACCAGCUUGACAGAGCCCCCCUCGCAUGUUUGAGCUGCAAAAGACAGAAGAGAAAAUGCGACAAGCUGUUGCCCAGCUGCUCGUUAUGCACCCGCAUGUCCCGGCCCUGCGAUUACUCGGAAUCCGCCCCGAAUCCCACCUCGGAAGACUUUGCUUUGAUGCGACAGAAGAUAGCUGACCUGGAAGCCCGCCUCGAGGGACGACGCUCUGAAGGUUGGCAUGGACCGAUGCGCUCUUUCAGCAGGAGCCCUGGCACUGGGACCGAGGCGGCCUUUGCAACCGACAGCAAUGUCACCUUCCCGGCUGCGUUUUUCCUCGACGCCGAAGUCUUCGCCCAAGCGCAGAUGACCAUUCCUCGACCCAACAUCGCUGUCCCCGCAGAGGUUGCGGCGACGGUGGGAGUCUCGAUUCUCGACAUUCAGGACAUUGUCGACCGGUACUUUGCAAACGUUCAUACCUGGCUUCCUUUCAUCUCCAAAAAGCGCAUGCAAUUGGCCCUAUCCAAUCCCGCCAUGGAGCUCACUCUGGACCUCGCACUCCUGCUCCUGUCGAUGAAGCUUGUCAUCCAGGUUCCUCAGGGGGGCUCCCAAAGUAUUCGGUCGCCACUAUACAAUCUCACAAAGAGCUACGCCAUCAUGGUUGAAUCGAGCGGACUGAUGUCCCUACAAUUGCUGCAAGCGAACAUCCUGAUCGCCACGUAUGAGAUUGGCCAUGCCAUCUACCCAGCCGCAUAUCUGAGUACUGGACAUUGCGCAAGGUUAGGACAUGCGCUGGGUCUCAACGACAGACAACAUGCUCCUCAAAUGUUGAAGAAGAGAACCGGGGCCUGGGCGGAGCUGGAAGAGUUCAAGCGAACGUGGUGGGCAACAAUGCUUUUGGAUAGAUAUGUCAAUCUCGGUUCUUCAGGUCACCCUUUGGCUACCGACGACCCGGUCCUCAACGAUACGCUGCCGGCGGACGAUGAGCUCUGGGAUGAAGGCCAGAUUACGACGAGUGAGCCACUCUACGUGUCCUCGCCCACAAACGUAAAAGCCGGGGCAUUUACAAGAACGUGCCAAGCGACUCACCUGCUGGGUAGACUUGUCCGGCUUCUCAAUGACAGACUACUUGAUGCACCCAUGCGAUUUUCAGAAGCAAUCCAGCUACAUCGGACGCUCCAGGCAUUAGCAAAUCUACUUCCCAACGACGUCCAUCACUCACCCGAGCGGUAUGGAACACCACUGGCCCUCUGUUACAGCAGCCUCAUGCACCUCUGCGACCCGUUUGCUUGUACCGAAUCCAACCGCGGCUACCGUACUGUGGAAGAGACUGAGAUGCAGACGAUUGCGAUUGCAGGGUUGAAGUCGGUUGCCGGAGAUGUACUCCGUUUCAGCCAGCUUUGGCACGUGGACAUGACAUCGAAUCCUGCGGGGGUCAGUCCUUUGAUUGGGGACUGUCUAUAUUUUGCGGCAACCAUCUACGCAUGGCUUGCGCACGAGACGGGACUAAGGGAAAUGGGAGAGGCAUACCACAUUCUUAGGAAGGUGUUGGAAACGAUGGCUUCCCGGUGGGCGGCUGGGCAGCAGUAUCUGGGUCUGCUCGACAUGAGCAAAGAGAAUCUCUAUGCCGAUUCACUACUUAUCUGA